AUGGCUUCAAAUCUUUCUCUCUCCAACUCCACCAUCUGGAUUAUGAACGCCUCCUCUGACCUUAACACCACCAUCACCAAACGAUUCAAUGUGUUUGAGGGCUGCGAGCACCAAGUGGAGGGCAUCCUGUUUGAUCUCACGCUCCAAGUUUUCAAUGUUGUUAUAGGAAUCCCUGCUAACAUCUUGGUCAUCUGUGUUCUCAUUCAAAACCGCAAAGAGCCCUCCACAUCUGACAUCUUUCUGGGUUGUCUCGCUUUUAUGGAUGCGUAUUUUGGCAUAGUCCCUCCUAUAAGUUUCCUUAACUUCUACCUUUGGCAUAGUAAAGGAGUAUGGUCGUCUAUCAAGUUUGCCUACGGUGUAAAGGACACUAGUGGGCCACUUUUUCUGUCUUGCAUUUGUCUAGAUCGCUUUCUGGCUGUUGUCUUUCCUGUUUUUUUCGGUCAACUAAAACCAGUUAUGUACAGGGCUAUUCUUACUGUAAUUGUGUUUUUGUUAACCUUUGCCUACUCAGCUGCUAAAACAGUUGGCGGCUUGCCUAAUUUCGAAAAGGUAUUCACAGGUGAAAUAUUAGCCACUUUUACUUGGAUGGUCUUGUGUAACGCAUGCAUUCUUCGCGCCUUGAGGAAAUCACGUGGCGCAGGAAAAGACGACAUGCAUCCAAUGAAAAAAAGAGCCUUUAAAAUAGUCCUUUCGAUUUUAUGCAUUAUCAUUUGUAACUAUCUUCCCCCUGUGGCUUUGUUCCCAUUUGAAGAUUACUACACUCCAGAUGUUUUCCGUUGUUAUGUGCAGCCAGUGGGAUUUGCCUUUCUCAACAUUAGCAGUACAAUACAGCCCCUGGUUUACUUAUCACGCCUGGAAAAAGUGCCUUUUCUACCUGACAACUGGGUGAAGAGGUUCUGCUCCUGUUGUGAACCUAGAAAUAGUGAAACCCCAAAGACACAAAACAAUCCAGCAUAG